AUGAACCUACCUGUUCGCCCAAACGAACGACACGCCUGGCGGGGCUACGCCAGCUACGCCUGGGGCGCCAACGAGGUGCGGGCCGGUGAGCAAGCGCAGCACUCGGCCGGCAUCUUCGGCCGCCGGCCGAUGGGCGCCACCAUCGUCGACGCCAUGGACACGCUCUUCAUCAUGGGCAUGACGGACGAGUUCGCUGAGGGCCGACUCUGGAUCAAGCAGCAUCUGGACGUGUCGCAGGUGGACUCGGAGGUGUCGAUAUUCGAGAUGAACAUCCGGUACGUGGGGGGCCUGCUGUCGUGCUUCGCGCUGAGCGGCGACACCCUGUUCCGGGACCGGGCGUUGGAGACGGCGCGCGCCCUGCUGCCCGCCUUCGACACGCCCACCGGCAUCCCCUACGGUCUGGUCGUGCCCACCACGGGGAAGGCCAAAAACUACGGCUGGGCGUCGGGCGGCAGCUCGAUCCUCUCGGAGCUCGGCACGCUGCACAUGGAGUUCAGCUACCUCUCCGACGUCACCGGCGACCCGCAGUUCCGGCGACGCGUGCAGAAGAUCCGCCAGGUGCUGGCCGGCCUGGAGAAGCCGGGCGGCCUGUACCCCAACUACCUGCACCCCAAGACGGGGAAGUGGGGCCAACGCCACAUAUCGGUGGGUGCGCUGGGCGACUCGUUCUACGAGUACCUGCUGAAGGAGUGGCUGCGCUCGGGCGGCGCCGACCGCGAGGCGCUGAUGCUCUACCGACACGCCAUCGGCAACGUCACCGAGCGGCUCGUGCGCACCUCCAGCCAGGGCGGCCUCACCUACGUGUCGGAGCUGCUCAACGAGCGGCCCAACCACAAGAUGGACCACCUCGCCUGCUUCAUCGGUGGGCUGUACGCGCUCGGUGCUGCCAAGGACCCCGACAACAAAACAGACCGCUACCUGAAGAUCGGGAAGGAGAUCACGCGUACCUGCCACGAGUCAUACGAUCGCACUGUCACCAAGCUGGGACCGGAGAGCUUCAGGUUCACCGACAACCUGGAGGCGAAGGCCAUCAAGCUGCAGGAGAGGUACUACAUCCUGCGCCCGGAGGUGAUCGAAAGCUACUUCGUGCUCUGGCGGCUGACCGGCGACAAGAAGUACCGCGAGUGGGGAUGGGAGGCGGCUCAGGCGAUCGAGCAGUUUUGCCGCGUGGAGGCUGGCUUCUCGGGCAUCCAGGACGUAGAGUCGCCGGCUCCGCGCCACGACGACGUACAGCAGAGCUUCUUCCUGGCCGAGACCCUCAAGUACCUGUACCUGCUGUUCAGCGACAACAGCCUGCUGUCGCUGGACGAGUGGGUGUUCAACACGGAGGCGCACCCGCUGCCCAUCAAGGGCGUCAACCACCGGUACCGCCAGCUGAGUGGCAGCUAGGCGGCGCGGCAGCCGGCCUCGCCCCAUCCUUCCGCCCGCUGGGCGACGCCUCGUCCCACCCGACACCCGCCGCCGCCAGGUGGCGGGCCAGGCGGCCGGUCCGCUGCAGGGGCGCUGCGUGCAGGUGUGCCGGGCGGGCGGGUGUUAAUAGGCGCAGCAAGAGCUGGCGCUAUGUUGGGAGCAGUUGUGAGAAAGUUUGUGCUGUUUCUUAGGUCGGGCUGGACGCACCUGUUUUGCCUUGCACUUCAUGUUACGGACCACGAAUAGGACGAGUUUAGUGAUGACUAGUCAGACAUACGCGACACGAGGCGCACACGACGAGGAAUGCUUUGGUCUUGAAAAGUCUCGUUAUGGUGGCUAUUUGGCUUUCACUUUUUUCAUAACGUUUUUUUUAGCUGCAUAGCUGUUUUGAGCCAGAUAUGCCUUUAAAUAUUUUAUGUUUCCCCAAUUAAUCUUUAUCCAGCAAACAGGUUGUCCAGGGAAUUUGUUUCAGAGGUCCUUUGUAGGUGGUCGGUUUAUUGGAUUUGAUGUAAGCUACGUUUUAAAACAAGGCGCCGCUCAAUCUUGCAUUGAAACAUACAGUGGAUAUUUUAAAAAUGUAAGUAAGCUCAGGGUGCAAAUGGUCAACAGUGUUGACGUGUGUACUGUAUGACGUAUGUACUAUGUACGCACGGAAACGAACACUGGCCGCAUUAUCUCGGGACUCGCCGGCGACUGAUUCGCGCCGCAUGCGGUUGAAAUGGCAGCUAUCUUAGGAACACAAGUGUUGACCGAUCGGUCUGGUCAAAACGCGCGGUGCUGCGUUUGUGAGCUGCCUGAUGCACGCCGCAGCAUACAAAUGGGGAAGGCUCCGCGUGAAGGUGGCAGCUCUUGAGACCAAUGUCCGGCUGGACGGCUCAGUAGAGCUCCGCCUCCCGUCUAACGGCGGCGCGUUUCAGACCACUACUGUCCAUAUGCACUCUGUUGUGUUCUCGGCGAUGUGGCUCGUCGGCUGACAUUCCGGGCGUGGGCGCCCGCCUGGGUACAACACAUGGUAUGGGGUGUGGGGACGCCGCGGUUCAGUCAAUGUCUCGGCUCACGUGAUCGCCAGCGUCCGUCCCCGACGGUCCCUCGCGACCGGCACCAUUCCACAACGCCGGCUGGGGCUUCGGGCGGUGAACUGCAGUGGCGUGCCGUGAGCAGGUAGCCCGGGGCGUGCAGUGCCGUGGAGCCUCGGGCGGUGAGCUGCAGUGGCGUGCCGUGAGCAGGUAGCCCGGGGCGUGUAGUGCUGUGUCGCGCCUGCUGACGCGACACGGGAGCAGCAGCGCUUCCCUCCGCACGCGCCGUGGUCGCGCUUCCUCGGAGACUGCGGUGAAACCCGUCCGUCGCAGAGUGGCGACUCCGGCCGGUCCACCGCACCGCGUACUCUGUGGCUGGGAUUGACACGCUCCCUCGCUGAGGCCCGGCUGAAGGGUAUCUGGGGAGUCGGGUCCGUCGGCGCGGCGUGCCGUCUGGUCCCUGGCGUGCGGGUGUGUGCUCGGGGUUUGUGGGACUUGGGAGGGGAACGUUCCGGACCGGCCGUUGGCACUGGGUGUGAUCUUCCGCGCCAGGGGCGUCUGUGCGCCCCCCGCUCACGGGAUACGGUUAUUAUUUGUGAUGCGAAGAUGCUCUUUUCGUACGUGAUUAUAUCGUGUUAAGAGAUUGUGACCACCGGUAAUAUAUCAGGAAUUUUCACAGCU